AAUAUUAAACAAGAUCCAAAAUUAAAAACCGUUGGUUAUGUUUUAUUCAUGGAUCAUGAAAGUUCUUAUGGAGUUGAUUUUAAUUGGUCACAGUCAAAAUUAAAAGAGAAUAGUUGUAUCUUUUAA